UGUUGAUUUGGAAAUACAACAGUGAGAUGUUUGAUAUCCUUUAAAGAUCAUUAUUAUCCGUUUACAUUAUACAUUUUUGUCAGGUUAAGUGUUAGAUAGUGACAGAAUGAGCAACAUAUACAUUCAAGAGCCGCCAACAAAUGGAAAAGUUUUGUUGAAGACCUCAGCAGGGGACAUUGACAUCGAGCUGUGGGCCAAAGAGGCCCCCAAAGCAUGCAGGAACUUUGUGCAGCUGUGCAUGGAAGGUUACUAUGAUGGCACGAUUUUCCACAGAGUGGUGCGGGACUUCAUCAUUCAGGGUGGUGAUCCUACAGGAACCGGGACGGGCGGGGAGUCAAUCUACGGCCGCCCGUUCAAGGAUGAGUUUCAUUCCAGGUUGCGCUUCAUUCGGAGGGGUUUGGUUGCCAUGGCGAACGCCGGACCACAUGACAAUGGCAGUCAGUUUUUCUUCACUUUGGGUCGCGCAGAUGAGCUCAACAACAAACACACCGUCUUCGGGAAGGUGACCGGCGACACGGUUUAUAACAUGCUCAGACUGGCGGAGGUGGAAUGUGAUCAGCAGGAGAGACCUCUGAAACCCCACAAGAUAAGAACAGCUGAGGUGCUGCACUCUCCCUUUGAUGACAUUGAGCCUCGUGAGACAAAGAAAUCUAAGAAGGAAAAGGAGAAAGAGGAGGGAAAGAAAUCACAGUCAAAAGCCACAAAGAACUUCAGUCUUUUGUCAUUUGGAGAGGAAGCUGAAGAAGAAGAGGAGAUGGUGGCUCAAGUCAGCCAGACGUUAAAGGGAAAAAGCAAAAGCAGCCACGAUCUCCUGAAAGACGACCCCAGACUGAGCUCCGUUCCAGCGGUCGAUAAGAAGAAAAAGAAACCUGGAAAAGCAGCUGAUUCAGACGACGAGGCAGAUGAUGACAUUGAGGAUGACGUGAAUGCAGAUGAAGAGUAUGACUCGGACGCAAAAGAACAGAUGAGAGAGCUCAUCAAUAACAAGUUGAAGAAAGAAAAAGCUGGAGAGAAAAGCACAGAGCCCCACGAGGAGGACCGAACAAAGAAGAGCAGCCGCAGUGAAGAAUUACGGAAAGAGGCCCGUCAGUUGAAGAAGGAACUGCAGGCCAUAAAGCAAAGGAAAGAAGAGGGUUCAAAGCCUCCAGCAGAUGAAGUCAAGGAAGUCGAGAAAAAGCAGACGAACGAAGCAGUCACCGAGUACCUGGAGGGACGAAAGAAGUACGAAGACCUCAGGAAAGUAAAACGGACAAAAGCCUCAAGCAGAGAAGAACAGACUCUGGCUGUGCUCAAUCGCUUCAAGUCCAAGCUGUCGUCGGCCAUCACCGAGGGUCCAGAGGAAGAUGUGGAGGAGCUGGCAGAAGAUGAUGACAAAGGAUGGAUGGCCCAUGUCCUCCAGUUUGAUGAGCAAUCCAAAAAAGUCAAGGAUGCCAACAUGCAGGACGAAGACACGUUUGAGAUCUACGACCCUCGCAACCCUGUCAACAAGCGCAGGAGGGAGGAGAGCAAGAAGAUCAUGAAGGAGAAGAAGGCCAAGAGGUGAAACUGCAAGGUCAAAGGUCAGGUCGUGUCAGACCAACAUCUGCUUCUCCGCAUCCCUCCACUCUGCUGACCAGUCUCUGGGGACACCUGGACCCAGGAUGCUGACCUGAGCUCAUCUGUGAUGGGAUAGCUGCGAUGGACAACGUUCAGUGAUUCAUGAAAUAAGGCUUUUUGUUGAUUGUAUGUAACAAUGUUGACUUUUUGUUUAUUUGAUGUUAUGUUGAGCCCUGACUUUUACAAAAAGAAUAAACUUUCAUCUAUGAGCAUCUAUGAUGAGCUUCGUCCACCUUCAUGUUUGCACCGUGGCACUACGUUAAAAAUAUAUACCACCACCAGGGCCGGUUAUGGCCUAUGCCAACCUGUCCAAAUCCUUUACGACUGUACAGCUUGGAUGCUCCAGCA